UCGACGAGGGGAAGACUGGGACCGGUGGGCUAGCUAGCGCUGUUUGGCAGUGCCCGCCUUGCUGCAACGGAAAUAGACUGCGGGUGGUGACAGGCGGAGCGGGCUGAGGCAGCCUUGGCUGUCCUACAAGCAAUUCACCUCUGAUCUGGCAUUACGCGGCGCAGCAUCCUACGUUCGAUGCAUCCUGCCACUUUUGCUGAGAAGCUGCGCCGAUAUACGACGACCCUGAAAGUACAAUAAGAAUCUCCGGACAUCUGUAGCUGCAGCGAACUUGCAGUUGCGACGCGUUAUUGCAGAGCACGCCCCAGUCCAGCUGCACGCCUCGAAUAGGAUUGCAGACCAGCCAUGCCGCUCAAAGACCUGCUCAAGCUGAAGACGAAGCUGAAAGACGAAGCCGCGUCAGGCGCGGCGGGAAAAGGACCUACGCUGGGCGUAGACGUGCCCGAGUUCCAGUUCUUCCGUACGACGACCAGCACGCACGAAGCCAUCGAGCCGCCCUCGUUUCCCGGCGACCCCACGCGCGCUGAAGCGCCCCUCCUGAGCCCCAAGGACACGCGCGGCUUUGGCCGCUUCCGGCGCUCCUCCAACGUCAGCACCACGAGCUCUGCGGGCAGCGGGCGCGGCAGCGAAGACGCGGCGCGGCCGCGGGCCGGCACCCUGAGCGAGCGGUUUCACUUGAGCCGCAGCCGCAGCCAGAGCAGCGUCAACGUGCCGGACAACCUGCCCGACGUCGGCGAUGCGCCCGUCGCCCGCAACGACGAGGACGAGGCCAAGUGGGAGAAGCGCGCGACCAUGCUGGUGCAGCGCGGCCCGCUGGCGCAAAGCAGCGCCCCGCCGACGCCGACCAUCGAGCUCAACGGCGCCAUGGCCACCGCCGCCGCGCCCGCCGACGAGCAGGACAUGCAGGAGGCCAUCCGGCUGCACGAAAAGGGCAACCUGGAAGCCAGCACCGCGCUGUUCGGGCGUCUGGCCGACCCGGCCGGCGCCAACAACGCCCUCGCGCAGGUCCUGUACGGGCUCGCGCUGCGCCACGCAUGGGGCAUCGUCGCGGACCAGGAGGCCGCCGUGCACUACCUGUCGCUCGCGGCGUCGAACAGCGCCGAGGUCGAGAAGCUGGCGCUGGGCGCGGGCAUGACCAAGGGCGGCCCUGCGAAGGGCGAGCUCGUGCUCGCCAUGUACGAGCUGGCCAACUGCUUCCGCAACGCUUGGGGCAUUAAGAAGGAUCCUGCUGCCGCUAAGCAGUACUACGAGACCGCUGCGAAUCUGGGCGAUACGGACGCGAUGAACGAGGUGGCCUGGUGCUACGUCGAGGGGUUUGGAUGCAGGAAGGAUAAGUUCAAAGCGGCUCAGUUCCUGCGCCUCGCGGAAUCAAAGGGCAACAAGACAUUGGGGAAUACCUGGAUAUGGAAACCAAAGUACGAUCCAAAGUAGCUCUGCUCUGUCGACGAGCAGUUGCGCUGUAUGUACUGACUGCUUCGUACUCUGUCCACUCCACGCCAGGUAGGUACGGGUAGAUAGAUCUGGUGGAUAUGGGUCUGCAUGUAUCAAACCUCUUACCUCUGGCAUGUCUCAUGUCGCA